GUUGAUGUGUGUGUUGAUACAAGAGUUCCACCAGACGAAUAACCACAGUGAUUUCAGUGCGAUCAUCCAUGUGUUCACAGUAGUGACACGCCGGAGAGAGGGGGUCAUUGAAUGACAACUCCUCGACAGUGAGACUCGAUGCACAAGUGUGAAUGAGAUCAAUCGAUUCAAUAAACCAGGUCAUCAACAAACCUGGUUCAUUGAAUCGCUGGAUGGCAUACACACUUGUGCAUCCUCGAGACCACACCGGCGGCUGCACAUGACAGUGAGACGAGGGAGGGACAACUGACUCUCCGACCGAGCACACGAAGAGACAACGGGCCACGAGUGGAUGGGCAUAAUGUAUUCCCAACACACCAGCCUGCGACAGCAUCGCAGAAUGCAGCAGCAGCACACAUACAUACAUACACGCAUACAGCGAAUGAAUGAAUGACCUACCACCUCUCUCUCGAUCGAAAAACUAGCACGCCUCAUCUGUCUCUCUGUCUGUCAUGAGUCGGCCUGACUGACUGACGCUGACUGACUCCGCAUGGACCAAUGCACUCGUGUGCAUACACACAUACACGCAAAGAUGGGGCUGAAAAAUUCUCGCACAGCGCCCCCCCCCAGCAGAGCACAGCGUGCACACACACCACACCUCACUGCACAAAUACGCCCCGAGUCAGAUACGCACGUCAGUCAGUCGAGAGCCGAGAAGCUGUCCGAGAACCUCUGUGAGGGCGGGGUGUCCUUGCCCGGAGUGAUCUCGACGCCAAGCUCCUCGCCAAGCUUCUUCAGGUCGGACGUGAUCUGAGCAACACACACAUAAGCACCUGUCACAUGCUGGCGUUGCACUGCAUGCAGCAUGUUUGUGUGUCUACCUACCUGUGACACGUCAGCGUUCUUGGGCACCAGCACCGACACGGACGCCUCGAAAAUCUAAGGACAGACAGGCCGACACCCAUCACAUGCACUGCAGUCACCGACGCAACGCAAUCUAUGAUGUUGUGUUGUUAUGCCUACGUCAUAUCCAAUGUGCCCCCCUGGAAGGAUCUGUGUCUUGAGGUCCUGCACGUUCAGGCUGGCCUCUGAGAGGGAUGGAGAGGGGGGCAGGGCAGGCACAAGGGUGAGUGAGGGAGUGCGAGGGGCAUAUAUUAUGGGUGUGGUGUAUGUGAUGGCGUGCGGUCGGUGCUGCUUUGUUUGCCCACGUGUGAGGUAUCCCGUGAUGUUGUCGACGAGCUGCACGUCAUCGGGGCCAAACACCUUGUAGGUCUGCACCAACUGACCUGCACACACACACGCACACAUCGACACAGACAGGGCAAGGUACUUACUGGUGGUGUGUUCCGUUCCACCCCUCCCUCCCUUCUCCCUCCGUGUGUGCAUUCAGUCAGUGUGCACAUCACACAUCACACAUCAAUCACAUCAUGCCAUUGCAGGCCAGGCACCUCACCUCCGAAUGCGCUGUAUCCGGGGUCCUGGGUCUCUUUCAGGUUGCACAUGUACUCUGGCGAGGGAAACGCGGCCUUGAGCUUCUUCUCAAACUCAUCCACUCGGUCCGCGUGCACACGAAUGGCAGCCAUGAGAGCAAAGUCGGUCCCCAACCUUAUAGCACGAGUCGUACCGAUGUUUCCAUCUGCAGACAGACAGACAGACAGGCCUCGUUGCGGAUUGGGUGUGCAGACUUGACUGACUGACCACAUGGCGUGACAACGUCGUGUGCGAAGCGAUGGACCACACCAGGCUUGUUCUCGCCAGAUACACACACCUGACAUGACAGACAACCAGCACAGGCACGGCACGGCACGCCCUCAUCCGUUCACUCAUUCACACAGCCCAGACCAGGAAGCGGAGCAUACCUACCACGAGAUCUGUGAAUUUGGUCCCCACAAAGGAGCCAUGUGAUAGACACCUCACGUGUGGGGCAACAGCAUGGCUGCUGGGUGACGGCAGGCCUCCCGCUCUCCUUCCCAGCGAGCCCGCGAGGCUCCGCGAGAUGUGCCGCAGAGCCAUCCCCACUCUCGACUGCAGAUCUCCUCUGGAAACACUCGCCGUUCGAAGAUCGGCAGCGCUGGCAGCCUUUCUGGCAAAGCUC